CGGAUUUCAAUUGCGUAUGGAGAUACCACUGUUCAGACUGCGUUGAGAACAGGCUCCACCGAAACGAGGUUGCGCAGUGGCCGUUCUGCCCGGCGUUCUGACAGCCGCCUGGACCGUGGUACCGCCAUGCCCACCGCCACAAGCAACGCAGUAUCCCCAGUCUCUUGAUACCCCUUCUAUCUGACCACAAUGAGGCCUGCAUCUCUCGCGAUACCCUUCUUGUUUGGCUUGGCUUGCGAUCUUGCUAGUGCUGUGCGGUUGAACAUUCACGGAAGACCUCGAGCUCGCCCUACCUCAGAGCUAGCACGGAGAGCAGGUAUAGUUGGAACAUCGUCCGUGUCCGACGUUGGGGAUGUAGAGUAUACUACGGACAUCACUCUGGGUGGCAAGAAGUUCACUGUCCAGAUUGACACCGGAAGCUCCGACUUGUGGGUGGUAGGGGAUGUACCAAACGCUCAGAACACGGGAAAAUCCGCUAAGGUCACCUAUGCCGUAGGUGAAGUUGAGGGUUCCAUCAUGACAGCAGCGCUGGACUUCACGGGAAACACGGUGUCCGAUCAGGCGUACAUCAGUGUCUCCGCUUCACAAGAAAAUCCCGAUGGGAGCGGCCUCAUAGGACUCGGUCCUAACACCGGUUCUCAAGUGUCUGAGGCGAUAGGUACUUCGGCUGGAGACGCUGUGCUGGACAGAAUAUUCAAGCAGAAUACCUCCACUCCAAACUACAUCACCGUAUUGCUAGGACGAGUCGACGACCCGUCAGAGUCGCCUACCGGUGACAUUACUGUUGGAGAAAUCAUACCUGGCUACGAGGCAAUCACGCCACAACCCCUCCUCAAUGUCUCUGUGUUGUCCAGCCAGAACUCCGUGAAUCAGCAUUGGCAAAUCUUGCUUGAUGCGGAUGGCAUCGUUGGUCCGGCAGGCAAUAACGUGAUUGACCAAUACAACGUCCAGACCGCUGUUAGCUCGACGUCUAACAAGAAGCAGUUGACGGUCGUAUUAGACACGGGGUACUCUUUACCUCAGGUUCCGUCAGCGGUAGCGGAGGCGUUCUACAAAGACAUCCCGGGCUCGCAGCUCGUUAGCCGGCAGGAAGUCAGCGGUAACAUCUGGCAGCUCCCAUGUGACAAGGAGGUCAAUGUCACAUUCAAGUUCGGUGGGAAGAGCUUCCCUAUCCACCCCCUAGACGCGAAUAUCGACCUCAAUCUGACGGAUUCGAGAGGCAAUCACGUAUGUUUUGGUGCGUUCCAGCCCAUGAGCUCCCAAAGUGACGCCACGUACGACGCUAUCUUCGGCAUGGCUUUCCUUCGCAAUGUAUACACCUACAUCAACUUCGGCGACUUCGUCGAAGGCUCCACAGACAAGACCAAAGAGCCCUACGUCCAACUCCUGUCCACGACCAACAACUCGGCCGACGCCCACUCCGACUUCGUCAAAGUCCGCGGCAACUCCCCCUGGACGCCUGAAGGCGCGUCCCUCGGCGACCGCAUCCGCGCCCACCUCAAGCUCGUCAUCGGCCUCUCGGUCGCUGCCGGGCUGCUCAUCGUCGGGGGCAUUGUCGCGUGCUGCGUCACGCGCCGUCGCAAGGGCCCCCGUGCGCCCUUCUUCCAGAUGGGCCAGACCUACCAGCCGCUGCACGAGCCCGCACCCGAGGCAUACAACAUGCACUCCGUGGGCUAUCAGAGCGGGUACCAGCCUUCGUACUCGAAUCCGUGGGAUGCGCGCUACUGAUUCGGGCGGUCGACUGCUCUUAGCUGAGACGGCGAUGCGGGGUCGAGCGGCUCGGAUCCUAAAGAUGGUGCGUUGGGGGAACCUGGAGAGGACUAGAGACAGGGGUCCGGGGAAGCAGUGGGGCGCGCUCGUGCCCCGCAGGACGCGGGCUAACUCUACCUGGAGCGGUACGUGAGGCGUGGAGGAGAUGGUGGAGGUGGAGGUGGGUCGGCUUUCGAAGCGUUGCGGGUGACGAGGCCGACGAUCGCGUGGCAUGCGCCGAUGCGCCGCUGCGCCUUGGGAUCUCCUCGAAUCUGGACGCUUCGGUCCCGACACGCGAUCAGAGUGGUGAUCGCGGCGCAAGGCACCACCCUCGAUCCUGUUUUUCUCUCAUCGGCGAGCGCGGCCGCCGUGGCCCGUGAUUUUGGUUUUUGGUUGACAUGACCUGCGUACGAUAAACGGACUCCUAUGUAUGACCGACGCAUGCUGAACUGGACAGUCUCACCUCUCGCUGUAACCGUACUAGUACUGGCAUAUGUAUGUAGUCUCUCCCUUCGCUUUUGCUGCGACUGUCUUC